AUGUGUCAUCUAGUAUGGUUUGCUACAAAUCCUAUGAGUAAUACAAGAGAAUAUCAUAUUGCGUCUACAUUAACAAAUGGAAAAGUUCUAGUUGCAGGUGGAUAUAAUGGUGCUGUUCUAAAUAGUGCAGAAUUAUAUAACCCAUUAACAGGUACCUGGGCAACUAUUAAUGCGAUGAGUGGUGUCCGAAAACUUCAUACAGCGACCAUAUUAACAAACGGAAAUGUAUUAAUUAGCGGUGGGAAUGAUGGUACUAACUUUUUAACUAGUGCUGAAUUAUUUAACUCAUCAUCAGGUACUUGGACAACUACAGGAAAUAUGAAUAAUGUACGAGGUGCUCACAUAGCAGUCAUAUUAACAAAUGGAAAAGUAUUAGUUAGUGGUGGUGAUAGUGGUAAUGGUUUUUUAAAUAGUGCUGAAUUAUAUAAUCCAUUAACAAGUACUUGGACAACUGUUACUUCGAUGAAUUCUUUACGUGUUGUUCAUGUCGCAUCUGUCUUAGCAAAUAAUAAUGUUUUUGUUGCUGGUGGAUACAAUGGUGUUUCUUUAGCCAGUGCUGAAAUAUAUAACCCAUCAGCAAAUACUUGGACAAACACAGCUAGUAUGAAUUAUGCCCGACAGUUGCCUACAAUAUCCGUAUUAUUAAAUGGGAAAAUAUUAGUUGCAGGUGGAGAUAAUGGUGGUUCGUUAAAAGUUGCUGAAUUAUAUGAUCCAUCAUCAAGCACUUGGACAGUUACUGGUAGCAUGAAUUGUGCACGACUUGGUCACGCAGCAACUGUAUUAUCCAAUGGAAAUGUAUUAGUUACGGGUGGAUGCAAUGGUAAUAGUUUUGCUGAAUUAUAUAAUCCAUCAACGGGAAAUUGGACAAUCGCAGGAAAUAUGACUACUACACGUAUUUAUCAUACAGCAUCUACAUUAAUAAAUGGAACUGUGUUAAUUGCUGGUGGUAUUUCUAACAGCGGUACUUAUUUAAAUAGUGCAGAAUUAUAUUCAACAUUAUAA